AUGGCUCUGCAGGAGGAGGGGAAGACUGUAGAGGAGGGCGACUGUGGUAUCCCUGACAGCUGCGAUGCAGUAAAGAGCUGUCUCAUGCGUAUUCCCCACGCGCCUGCAUGCCUCAACAGCUUCAAUAACCUGCUGAAAGAGCACAACAUCACCGCUCCUAAACUUUCCCCCAUGCCCCAGCUCCCCACCAACCUCUCCCAGUUCCCCUCCCAGGUCACCCAGCUAAUGCCCUCUCUCCCCCAGAACUCUCCCAAGAGUUCUUCCACCUUAAGCCCCAGGAUGCCUAAGCAGCAGCAGCAAAACCGGGACCUGGAGUUGGACCGCCUGGUCCGCCAGGUCCCUCUCCACCACCGUCCUCCGACUCGCACCCCCUCACCGUCCUCCCCCAACAGUACCCUAGAGCUGCCCAACGUGCCCUUCUACCCCCGCCUACCACCCAUCAGCCUGUCCAGGCAGCUGUCAGGGCUUUUCAACCCCACCUUCCACAUCGAGGACGACCCCACGUCCGCUCUACCCUCAGUGAGCUCCAGGCUCAGUGUGCACCCAGCUGUCAAUGUGGAGGAUGUGGAUUCAGGCGGAGAGGGAGGAGGGGAUGGAGGGGAGCACCACCGCCACCACAUUCCCCAAAUCCUUACCCUACAGGACCCCAACUUUAAGACCCUGACCGUACCCGGAGUGUCCAAAACCAGCCGUCAGAGAAAGAAGUUGUACUCUCAGAGUGAGGAGGAAGAAGAGGAGAUGGAGAUCGCAGUGAGGGCAUGGCCUAGCCAGUCCAGCAUCCUCAGUGGAGACGAUGGGCUAAAGGAGCGCCCUGCGUCGUCCGCUAGCCAGGCCAGCUACGUGGUGAACGAGCGCCUACAGGAGCUGGUCAAGAUGUUUAAGGAGAGGACAGAAAGGGCCAAAGAGAAACUCAUAGACCCAGAUCACUCUGAUGAUGACAGUCAAACUGCCUCCCCUGCGAGAGCUCCAACACCACCUCCUGCACCUCCAGAGGAGCCGAAGGAGGAGGAGAUAGAGGAGCAGCAACCCAAGCCUAGAUUAUGCUGCAAGGUGACGCCUCCUCGCUGGAUCAGAGCUCUGCUGCACUACCGCUUCCCCGCUAGCAUCGACCCCUUCACCAAUCUGGUCUAUGUGCUGUGGCUGUUUUUCGUCACCUUGGCGUGGAACUGGAACAUGUGGCUUAUCCCGGUGCGCUGGGCCUUCCCCUACCAGAACCCCAGUAACAUCUACCUGUGGCUACUCACUGACUAUCUGUGUGACCUCAUCUACAUCCUGGACAUACUGGUCUUCCAGCCCCGCCUGCAGUUUGUCCGCAGUGGAGACAUAGUGUUUGACAAAAAGGACAUGAGAGUGAAUUACAUGAAAACCUUCCGGUUCAAGAUGGAUGUCAUCAGUCUUGUUCCACUGGAGUUGUUCUAUUUUAAAACUGGGAUCAACCCACUCCUCCGCUUCCCACGACUACUAAAGAUAAUGUCUUUCUUUGAGUUCAACGACCGUCUUGAGGGCAUCCUGACCAAAGCCUACGUUUACAGAGUGAUCCGGACCACCACCUACCUGCUGUACUGCCUGCACUGUAAUGCCUGUCUGUACUACUGGGGCUCUGCGUAUGAAGGUCUGGGCUCCACGCAGUGGGUCUAUGACGGACAGGGCAACAGUUACAUCCGCUGCUACUACUUUGCUGUGAAGACCCUAAUCACCAUUGGUGGACUGCCGGACCCCACAACGCUCUUUGAAAUCAUCUUUCAGCUCAUCAACUACUUUGUAGGAGUGUUUGCCUUUUCCAUCAUGAUUGGACAGAUGAGAGACGUGGUUGGUGCAGCCACAGCAGGACAGACGUACUACAGAGCAUGCAUGGACAACACUGUCAAAUACAUGGCCUCCUACCGUAUCCCUAAAGACGUGCAGAACCGGGUUAAAACCUGGUACAACUACACCUGGCAGUCCCAGGGCAUGCUGGAUGAACAGGAGCUUCUGGUCCAACUCCCAGACAAGAUGAGGCUGGACAUCGCUGUAGAUGUCAACUAUGACAUUGUCAGUAAAGUGUCUCUCUUCCAGGGUUGUGAUAGACAGAUGAUCUUUGACAUGCUGAAGAGACUGAGGUCUGUUGUUUACCUUCCAGGGGACUAUGUCUGCAAAAAGGGUGAAGUUGGACGGGAAAUGUACAUCAUCAAAGCCGGAGAGGUGCAGGUGGUGGGCGGGCCAGACGGGAAGACUGUGUUUGUCACGCUGAGGGCGGGGUCUGUGUUUGGGGAAAUCAGCUUGCUGGCAGUGGGUGGAGGGAACAGGAGAACAGCAAACGUGGUGGCUCAUGGCUUCGCCAACCUGUUCAUCCUGGACAAGAAGGACCUCAAUGAGAUUCUAGUGCAUUACCCCGAGUCCCAGAAGCUGCUCCGCAAGAAGGCCAGGAAGAUGCUCACGAAAGAUAAGAAGCCUCCGAAGGAGCCGGCCCAGGUGAUCCCUCCUCGAAUGGUCACGCCCAAGCUAUUCAAAGCUGCUCUGGAUGUGGCGCAUCAGAAAACAGGCCUCAAAGGGACCCUCGCCAAGAUUAAGGAAAAUAUCAACAAAUCCAGCGUUUCUCUACAGCCCUCCAUGUCCUCCUCCCUGCCUCCCUUGUCCCCAGUCUCUCCAGUCUCCAGUCUGGACCCAGAGCGCGAGGCUAACGCCAUGUCACCAACCAUAGACAGCUCCACGCUGCUCUGCCCCGUCUCCCAUUGUCACGGAGAUGAGACACUCUCCAAGGAGCAGGGCCAAGUGGCGGGAGAAGUUGCAGGAGAGAGUGGGAAGAAGAAAGAAAAGAGAAAGGCAUGAGUUGUCUCCAAAAGCUUUUAAAGCUGUCUUCAUGUGGAGAAAGGGAUGCACUUUUUUGUCCCUCUGUACUCUACUGCAGAGAGGGAGACCAGAGAGAGAAGAGCCAUGGUUCCUAAAGAUCAUCCAAUUAUGUCUCAGGAGUCACAGACUCACAGUUUCUGUUCCUUUAUACCCAUAUACUCUUCUUUUAGCUAACCCUUUGAUACUUGUGAAGUACACUGAGUAUACCAAAUUUGG